UAUAACAUGGGGAAGCAAGUUGGCUUCGAGGAUGUUCUAAGAUACUUUGACGAAGAUGGUGAUGGAAAGGUUUCGCCUUCAGAGCUGAAGCACGAGGUCGGAAUGAUGGGCGGUAAACUUCCAACGAAGGAAGCUGAGAAGGCAAUUGCAGCAUUGGAUUCUGAUGGAGAUGGGUUACUAAGUUUGGAGGAUUUCAUUGCCCUCAUGGAAGCUGGGGGAGAGGAGCAGAAGUUAAAUGACUUGAAGGUAGCUUUUGACAUGUAUGACACUGAAAGUUGUGGGUUUAUAACCCCUAAGAGCUUGAAAAAAAUGCUUAAGAAGAUGGGUGAGUCCAAAUCCAUUGAUGAGUGCAAAUCUAUGAUCAAACAGUUUGAUUUGAAUGGGGAUGGUGUCCUAAGCUUUGAAGAAUUCAGAAUUAUGAUGCAGUGAGGCAUGUAUAUAUAAAUGUUGAUUCUGUAUAGUGUGUAUUUGAAAUUUGAUUGAUUUGUUUGCACA